AUGUUGACUACACGCAAGCUUUGGCGCCAACAACACAAUGAAGAUGAAAAAUUGGAGUCGCAGGUUCCGUUUCCACGUUGUACUCGCCGACCCCUUCCAUUUUCAACAUCAUUUGGGAGUGAGGGGGACUCCGAUGAUCCAUUAGAGGCAAUAGAUGCAAUCAGUACCAAGCUGGAUUAUAAUUCCAGACUGAUCAAUUCAUGGCACGAGAAAUGUGUUGAAGACGAGGCCAUUUUGGCUGAUCUUAACAUUAGAGUGAACAAAGCGUUCUCCCAAAAGAACAAGUACUUGAAGCUGAGUCAUAAAAGGAAGCUGAAAGCUGAGGAGUUGGAUGCAGUAAUGAAUGAUGAAAUUAAAGGUUGUUUGAUGAACCAUAUGCGAUGCGAAGAGCACCACAGUGAACUGGAGUUGGCAUUCAACGAAGGAUUCGAAAAAUUCCGAGCAUUCGCGGCAACUACUCAUACAAGUUAUAAUUGGGACUAUGUGUCCCCUGAUGCUGUGAGAAAGAUACUAGACGAUGGUGGUGACAUGAAUGAGCAUAAGCACAUCAAAGCUGCUCGGAAGAAGCCGACCGAUACGACUAAGUGA